UGGCCCCCUGGCCCCGCCGCCGCUGAUGCCGCUGCGGGCGGCGCCGGUCCCGCCGCAGCCUCCCCCCCGCCGCCGCCGUGCCACCAGAAGACCCCAUCAGCACUGUCUGGUGUGCUGGCCCACUCCACCACCACCCUGGCUUUCCCUGAGCUCUACCCCUCGCCUGGGCCCAUCAAGAGCGAGGCCAUGAAGACGGAGAAGGACGAGGCUUUGCCUACCUUCUCCUUGAGCGGUAAAUACACUGGAGAGGGGGCAGGUUGCAGUGACCCGGCUGUGUCUGGCAGCCAGGUGCCAGUGGCAGGGAGCGGAGGUGGAGGAGCGCAAGUGCAGGAUUUGCGGCUGCUGAAACGCCGGCCUGUCCCUGGGAAGCACUACCAGUGCUCAAGCUAUGGCUGCAAACUGGCCUUCCACAGCAUGCAGGAGCUGAUGGAUCACUUAAAAGUCCACUACAGACCCACACAGUCUCUCGAGGGCAAAACUUUCCACUGCCCCACUCUGGGCUGCACUGAGACGUUUCCCAGCAUGCAGGACCUCAUGACCCACAUGAAGGUGCACUACAAGCCAAACCGCUACUUCAAGUGCGAGAACUGCCUGCUGCGUUUCCGGACGCACCGCUCCCUCUUCAAGCACCUGCACGUCUGCUCCGACAGCUCCAGCAGCUCCGGGCCGGCCCCCAAAGCCGAGAAGCCUGUCUUACCUGCUACCUCCGCCCUGGAGAAGGAGCCCCUGGCCAAGCCGCUGGAAGGGCUGCCCAAGCUCCAGAGCGUCAUCCGGCACAUGGAGAAAGAAGCCAUCCUCCCUAGCAUGGACACGGUGUCUGCCGCAGCGCCGGCCGCCCUCCCUGCCGGCCUCCCCGACCUCCGCGGCUCCCUGGAGGCCGUGCCGCUCGUCUCACCGGCCCCCCACCCCUUCCCGCUGCUGGAACCCAACCUUUUUGGGCCGUCGUCCUUGACUCGGUUCUCGGGGCCUCCCCAUUCCUCGGGGCCAGGGCCUUUCCUGUCGUAUAUGCACCCCUCGCCCUACAGCUUACCUCAGACCUCGGUCCAGCAUCGCCUCAGGCCGUACCUGCCUAGCCAAGGCCUUCCCGGCUCCAACGCCGUGUGGAAGAAAAGCCAAGGUGUGAGUGUCAGCCCACUCCUCCCAUGCUUUGGCUCAGGAGUGACUCCAGGGCACUCGGCCAACAGCCGCAUCGUGUGGGAGCACACACGGGGCCGCUACACCUGCAUGCAGUGCCCCUACUCCACCGCCUCGCGGGACGAGAUGACGCUGCACAUUGAGGAGCACCGCAAGAACCCGCCGCCGCCCGGCCGCCUCGACGGAGAGAUGGAUUUCGGGGUGGGCCUCGCCUCCUUCCACUCGAAGCUGACGCCGGAGAUGGAGAACACCCUGUACUCGCAGCUCUGAUGCCCUGGCUCCUGCUGGGCCAACUCUUUUCUUCGUUGUUUUUUUUUUUUUUUCCCUCCUCCCACUCCUUGUCCUUCCUUCCUCCCUGGCUGGGCAGGCAGGGAGGCACGGUGCAGCCCCGUGCAGGGGCAGGGACCCCAGCCCAGGUCCUGGCAAUGGCCACCCAGCCCCAGCACAGGGACAAGCCUAAGUCAAGCGCUACAGCAUGGCAGCCUGGGGGUGGCUUUUUGUUUUCUUGACUCUUCCCUCCUCGUCCUUUUUUUAUUUUUGAAAGCUCCAAGCCCUGCAAACUCAUGCCUCUCUUUCUCCCCUCCCCUAAAGGUUUUAUUGCUUCAGAUCCAAGGGUUCUCGCUAGAGCCUGGUAGGUUGCUCAGGAGUUAGCGGACUUCUCGGGAACGAAGUCUCUAAAUAAUAAAUGGGAAUU